AUGGAAAACAAGUUUUGGAAGGUGGUGGGAAAUAUGAAGGUGUACAAAAACGUCUCCAACGGUUCUCGCAAUAGGCGGCACCCGACUCGAUUUCACUUGUGGAAGGGCAGUUGCAUCAAGCGCCUCUCGUACGGCAAACGAUCCACCGGUGGAAGGAACAACACGGGCAAAAUCACCGUUCGCCAUCGCGGUGGAGGACACAAGAAGCGUGUUCGUACCGUCGACUUUCUCCGAAACACUCCUGGGCCCCACGAAGUUGUGCGGCUCGAAUACGAUCCGAACAGGACUGGCGAGUUGGCCUUGCUCCGUAACCUUUCGACCAACGAGUUCAGCUACAUCAUCCGGCCAGCUGACGUGAACCCGGGAGACAUCGUUCAUUCUUGGCGUAUGGGCAUUCCUACGCCGGUGGAUGGGGAGGAACCAUUGGCGAAGAACCAGAUGAUUAGGAAAGGCAAUUGUCUAAAGCUGAAGGAUAUUCCCGUCGGUACAGAGAUUCACUGUAUCGGACUGAAGCCGGACGGGCCGGGUAUCAUUUGUCGAUCGGCUGGCGGAUCUGGGCAUCUGCUUUUCACCGCGGACGAAGGCAUGGCGCAGGUUAGGCUCUCCAGUAAGGAGGUUCGCCUGAUUUCCGUUGAAGCCUGUGCGACCAUCGGGGCUGUCGGCAACGAGGCUCAUCAACAUCGAAACUGGGGUAAAGCCGGUGCGCGGAGGAGAAAGGGUUGGAGACCAUCUGUUCGUGGUAUUGCCAUGAACCCAGUGUCCCAUCCUCACGGAGGUGGUGGAAAGAGUAAGGGUGGAAAGCCACCUAGAACUCCAUGGGGUGUGAAGACCAAGGGUUGGAAGACGGUCAGGAGAAAGAAGUGGUACGUCAUUCGCACGAAGCGAGAGGCGAGGUUGGCACGGUAG